CAAUGAUUGCUUAAAUAAAGCACCUGUGAGGCUGUGACGAUCCAUCCAAGUAGCAGGGUGCCGAACGGCCGGCCGGCGCGGAAGAUCGCCCAAGCAAUGAAGAAAAGGAAGACUGGCCGGCCGGCCGGAGCCGGAUCCCCCAAGAAGAAGGCGCCAAGAGCGAUCGCAUAUCCCUCUUGCAUAUUCCCCGUCUGAAUCCUCCUGACGGACAUCCCCAACACAGCAACAUUAUAUAUAUAUACUGAACGCUCGAUUCGACGCAGCCCAUGGCGAGCGACGGCGCUGCUGCUAGCAGUGAAGUCGCCGGCGACGGCGAGGCCGAGCAGCAGCCGGUGGUGCUCAUCACCGGGUGCGCCAAGGGCGGCAUCGGUUACGAGUACUGCCUGGCCUUCUCCGCGCUGGGGUGCCGCGUGGUGGCCACCGACCUCCCCGACCGCGUCCCGGACCUCGCCGACCUCGCGGCGGCGGACACGCUCCCGCUGGACGUGACCUCGGAGUCGAGCGUGGAGGGCGCCGUGCGGCGCGUGCUGGCGGAGCACGGGCGCAUCGACGUGCUGGUGAACAACGCCGGGGUCGGGUGCACGGGUCCGCUGGCGGAGCUGCGGCUGGAGUCGGUGCGGCGCGCCAUGGACGUCAACUUCCUGGGGCAGGUCCGGACGGUCCGCGCCGUGGCGCCGCACAUGGCGGCGCGCGGGUCGGGCCGCGUGGUGAACGUGGGCAGCGUGGUGGGCCGCGCCGCCACGCCCUGGGCGGCGCCCUACUGCGCGUCCAAGGCGGCGGUGCGCGCCGCCACGGACGCGCUGCGGCUGGAGCUCCGGCCCUUCGGGGUGCACGUCGUGGAGGUGGUGCCCGGCGCCGUGCGCUCGGGGCUGGGGCGCGCCAACGCGGCGGGGCUGGCGCAGGGGGAGUGGCGGCUGUACCGGGGGUUCGCGGCGGCGAUCGAGGAGCGGGCGCGGGCGUCGCAGGCGGGGCGGGCGACGGACGCGGGGGUGUUCGCGCGGCACGUGGCGCGCCGGGUGAUGAGCGCGCGGCCGCCGCGGGAGAUCGUGUACGGCCACAUGACGCUGCUGUUCGCGGCGCUGGCGGCGGCGCCCGGCUGGGCGCGCGACGCCUUCUUCGCCAGGCGGUUCGGCCUCCACAACAAGACGGCCACUGCUGCACAAGCUGCCCACGAUUAGCUUGCUUGGCCCGGCCCAUCCGACGAAGAAAUCAAAUCGAAAAUUGGGCUCCAGCGGCGUGCGCGGCCCACGAACGAACUCUGUGUGUGUACUUAGAGUUUUUUUUUCAGUUGUAGACAAGGGCCCAACACAACAGUUAAUGGCAUUCCACACCACAAACUGAGUGACAAUCUUCUUUUUUUUA